GACAACAAUGAUCAGAGAAAUGGAAGAUAUGGGUUGGAGAUUCCUGAAAGUGGCCCUGUUUUUCACGAAAAGCCUCUACGCCUGUUUCACAAUAGACUUUUUCUACGCUUUCGGCUCCUACGCUCUUUUCAGAGAACCCGCUCUCACAAACUCCAUGUUCCUCCCUCUAGUCCUCUAUCUCCCUUCCUCCUUCACCCCUCCCUCACUCUCUUUCUACACCUAUUCAGUGAUGGCCGCAGUGCAAUGUCUAUAUCUGUACAUUGUCUAUGUUGUGGUGGCUAGAGUGUAUCAGAUAGGAUUGCUGCCUUAUAACAACAUGUUGAUAGAGUUGAAGCUCUACCUGAUCAGUUUGAAGGAUUUCGAUGAUCAUUACUUUGAAGGAUUGGAUGAGAUGAAGAGGAUGGAUGGAUAUGUAGAGAUGAGAGGAGAUGAUUUUGGGAGAGAGGGAAUAGUUGAUUAUGGUGAUGUGAUUAGAGUCGGAGAGUUUAAGAAGUAUGUGAAACGGACAGCUAAACAGCUUGUGGAGCAUCAUCAGUUCAUUUUCAGGAAAAUGAAUCAAUUGAACGAAGGGCUAAGACUGAAGAUAUUUUAUGUGAAUGCAUACAUCUGUUUACAAAUAUGCGUGGCUAUUGUAAGUUUUCAGCACGGUGGAUCUUAUAAGAAGUUCAAAUACUCUAUUCUGACAUUAUUUGUGAUACUAUCUUGUCUUGUCUAUUCAGAAUAUGGACAACAAAUACAAAAUGAGUUUGAGAAUGUACGUCAUGCCUUGUAUGAGACGUGUGUGAUAGAAAAACCGACUUGGCUUCAAAGAUCUUUCCUGAUUCUGAUGAUAAGAAAUACUACCAUUCCUCAGUUGUCACUUUAUAAUACAUUCACCAUCAACAGAAAAAAUAUAUCCAAUGUAUGUCAAGCAGCGUACUCUUACUUCAAUCUUCUCAACCAGAAGAAAAUCAAAGAUGACUAAACUAAAAAAUGACUUGUCAAAUUGAUAGACAAAAAACUACACCAAAAGGGCGAUUAUAUCUUUCUGACCUUCAAAUGAAGUGUAUUUUAACAAGUAUUAUCACUAGAACUGUAAGAUAAGAAGAUUCUAGAAGAUGAGAAAUGAAAUGAACAAACUCAAUACAAUCAAGUAACUUUCUGUGUUGUUAUGGUAGACAUCCAUAUUGAAUAAAGCUACUUGAUAUUGUCACAA